CCCCUCACUAUUUUCAACACCAAUAGUUCAAUUUUCUUCUCUUUCGCUUCUUCCUUCACUUGCACAAUCCAAUCGUCAACUCAUCAUGAUCGUCAAAGAUUGUGAUUCCGAUUCUAAGCCAGUCGUUAUCCGUGAAGUUUGGGCUUCCAACUUGGAAUCGGAGUUCAAUUUGAUCAGUCAAAUUAUUGAUCAUUUCCCUUUUAUUUCCAUGGACACAGAGUUUCCCGGUGUUAUUUUCCGCCUCCCUGUCGACCCUGCUAAACCUUACUACCAUCAACGCCAGCCCUCCGAUCACUACAAGAUUUUGAAAUCUAACGUUGAUGCUCUCAACUUGAUCCAAGUCGGUCUCACCUUCUCAGAUUCUUCCGGUAACUUGCCGGAUUUGGGUACAGGUAAUCGUUACAUAUGGGAAUUCAACUUCCGGGAUUUUGACGUCGCGACCGACGCUCACGCGCCUGAUUCGGUUGAAUUACUGAGACAGCAAGGGAUUGAUUUUGAAAGAAACAGAGAGGAGGGAGUUGACUCGGUCCGGUUCGCUGAGCUGAUGAUGUCGUCGGGACUUGUGUGUAAUGAGUCGGUGAGUUGGGUAACGUUUCACAGCGCGUAUGAUUUCGGGUACCUAGUUAAGAUCCUCACGCGCCGGAGUUUGCCCAGUGGAUUAGAGGAGUUUUUUAUGAUGUUGAGGGUAUUUUUUGGAAAUAAUGUUUAUGAUGUCAAACACAUGAUGCGGUUUUGUAAUAGCUUGUAUGGUGGGCUGGACCGGGUGGCCCGGAUAUUAAAGGUGAACCGGGCCGUUGGAAAGUGUCACCAAGCCGGUUCAGAUAGCUUGCUGACGUGGCAUGCUUUUCAAAAGAUGAGGGAUAUGUAUUUUGUGAACGAGGGGCCGGAAAAACACGCCGGCGUGUUGUAUGGUUUAGAAGUGUAUUAAGCUUUGUGGUACAGUUAUUAAUACAUUAAUUCUUUGUUAAUUAAUAAGAAAUUUAAUUGAUUAUUUAAGAA